AUGAAUUUUUUGAAACUAAUUAAUAAAGAAACCUUCUUCAUAUAUAACACGAAACGAAAUCAUUUGAAUUAUAAACUGUAUCUUAAAUUUAAACAAUGGAAUUAUUUGAAAAAAGAAAUUGUUAAUUAUUUCAACUCUAACAAUAAGGUUAGUACAGUUGUAGACAUAGAAGCAAGAUGCUGGGAAAAAUUUAAAAAGAAAGAAUUGCUUCAAGUACAUGGUUAUAUCCCAGCUAUUAUUUGGAAAUAUGGAAUGGACCAAAGAAUAUGCAUUGAUCAUAAGUUAAUUGAAGAGUAUGCAUUUGAAGAGGAAGAUGGACACUUGUCUUUAUUAUUUUCGGCUAGACUCUUUAGAAUACAUAUCGAUGGGAACAUUGUCGAAUGCGUUGUGUCUCAUGUUGAGACAGAUCCAGUUGAAAAACACAUAUACUUCCUGAAAUUCGCCAGAGUUGUUGAAAAUCAAAUAAGCGAAUUAAACAUCCCUUGUAGCAUUGUUGGACUUAUUGGAUGUCCUGCUUAUAUUAAUGGUUAUCAUGUUCAGCUGGCCCUAAAUUAUAUAAAAUGCAAAGUUAUAGGAAAUAAUAUUCCACCCCCUUUUCAAAUUGACGUUUCCAAGCUAACAUAUAAAGAACCAUACAAUUCGAUAAAGUUAAAGGAUUUAAAGCAUUUACUUCCAGACGAUGGAAACGUAAUUUUUUCUGAGGAAUACGAUUUGAAUGAGACAGAAGUGGUAUGGACCUAUGAGCCUGGCAAGAUUCCAGAAACACCCCUUCCAGAUGAUUAUCUUGACCCGAACUUUGUAAACAAAAAAGGGAAACGAAUUCAGCUUACAUACAAAGACUACUGGCCGAAGCAGUGA